AAGGGCGAGAGGGCAAUGUUCGAGUCCCCGGACAUUGGGGAAGAAAUGGCCCCUACUCAUAAGAUUUCCUUCUCCAUCAUAGAUAUACUGGACCCUCAAAAAUUCACAGGCAAGUCGCAGCCGUUUGAGCUGCAUCAGAACGGACCAAAUGAAAGCAGUAAGUUACCCGUCCCUUGCAGUGGAGAUCAGAGUUUAAUGGAGACAGGUGAAAAACUAAGUGCUGAAAAGAACAGCGACCAAAUCGACACCGAUUCCGAUGGAAGUGAUUGGAAGCAUGAUACACAUUCCAAUGCUAAUACAUCAACAAUGUCUGUGGAAACUUGUGGAAACUUUCAUUCAUUUAAAGAGAAUAAAAUUCCUACGCAAGCUGAAUUUGACAAAGACCAUACUGCCUCUACUGAAUUGGAAACCAGGUCUGAACAUACUGCAGCAAGACAAAAGCGCCGUCGAGUUGAACCAGGCUGUGCCAAACCAAGACGAGCGAGAACUGCCUUCACUUAUGAGCAACUAGUGGCCCUGGAGAAUAAAUUCCGCUCAACUCGAUACCUUUCGGUUUGCGAGCGUCUCAACCUUGCUUUGGCCCUCAGCCUUACAGAAACACAGGUAAAAAUCUGGUUUCAAAACAGACGCACCAAAUGGAAAAAACAGAACCCUGGGGUAGACAGCACAAUGCAGCCUGGAUCUACUAGCCUGUCUCGAGUCAGUCCAAGCCCUCCGGGACCAAGUGUACUCAACUUCCCAACUUUUCAGACUUACGCUGCAGGAAACGUCAUUUGCCAGGCAGCAACUCCAGUCCCUUUAAUCUCAUCCGCAGCGGGGCUGAUGUCUCCCUUCCUGAGUUCCACCUACCUGGCACCAUUUUACGCUCCCCAUUUGUGAAGACAAUGCCAUUUAUUUCUUUCAGAUAAUAAAAACUGAUGUGGAGUAGACUGAAAACCAGCCUUUUCCUUAAGCUGCCAUUUUUCUACAACAUCUGGUGUGCUUCUUUUAAAAGAUUCAAUGGUAUUGUAAGCAGCAACAUCACCACUUCUAAGGGACCAAUUGGUUAUAAUAGUCUAUACUUCAGAUUGUCUUCAACAGUCAGGUUAAUUCAAUUGCUUUACAGUGACAAUGAUGAAAGUCUCAGCGAAAGUAUUAGACAAAUACUACUGCUCCCUCUCAAAAAGGGAGAAUGAACAAAUCCAUCAGGGUCAAUUCCACAAAGAAGACUCAUAACGUCUAAUAUAUUCUUGUGGAACAUUAUUCAGUUUAAGAUCCUGAUUCUAUACUUAUGAAGCUAAUAGUUGAGUUACUCAUUUGUGUUAAUAGCCACUGAAAAGGGCACUAAUGUUCUAUUACUUGAAGUAGUUAAAGUCCACCUUGUAGAUACAUACUGUUACCCACAUUAAGUUAUUUCAGUUUCUUGCAACCAGUGUUAACAGCAAAAAUGAUAGGAAUCCGUGCUAACUGUUUUCUUUCUCAAAUUGAAUGAACAUUCAUGUUGCAAAUUCCAUUCACUGAGUAACAAAGCUAAAGGGAUGUGUACAUGUCAUUCUUAGAUAUUUAACACAGCGUAUGAUUUUUAAAAAAUGAAUUCCUGAAAUACAAAGACCUUUAUGGACACACUGAAAGGUUGGUUAUGCAUGGAAGUCUUCUGAACCCCAUAAUAAAAUCACUUAAACUUUAGCUGACCAAAAGAUGAUGAGACAUCACUGGGAUUACAUUAAAAAUAUAUUUGAAAAUAAUGUAAUAGCAGUAUUCGGAGCAUCAUGAAAAAAACAUUCUGUCUUCAAUCCAUUAUACGUAAACAAAGAGAUUUGAAAAUUUUGUCCAGGCAUUAGCAAACUUAUGCAGAAAUCUUGUAGUUAUAGAUAUUUGGAUUCUUGAUUCUUGAUCCCCAGUGCUUCUCAUUGCUCACUCCAUUAUUGAUCUUUCAAUUCAGUUAAAUAUUUGUUGAUUAUUUAAACUGACAUUACAAUCCAGAUAAGCUCUGUAAUAAUCCACAAGAUAAAAUGGUUAAAACUUGGCAAACCGUGAACUUUGCAAUAGUAUUAAGUUAUUAAAUUUUUCAGUUAGAUUUUACUGUUAUUUAACUUCAGUUUCCUACUGCGUGUACAAUCUCUCCAAACCAAGUGUCUAAAACUCAAAAACUGGACAUUUUCUCAAAUAUGCUGAUCAAUUUUUUUUAAUAUUACGGAAUUAAAAAUAACACGUGGACAAUUCAGCUAGGUACUGCACUUGUUAUGCGCUUUGUCAUUAACAUUAAUGUAUAAUUCAGUUCCAAGUGACCCUUGACCCCAUUGGACCUGGAAUUCACCUAAACUGCCCAUGCCCAAAUAACUGACUUGAAACCUGGCAAAAUCAA